UGGGGGACGAGUACAACUUCCCAAGAGGGACACGAGCUGGGCUGCCCUGGCCGGCAGGUGCUCCGCUGCCAGCACCCUGCCGCCCGGCUCCUCACCCAGACCUCAGGGGAAAGAAGAGCAGUAACCAAGAAAAACCCCUCCAGGAUGCCACAAAACGUUAUUCUCCAAGGACCGGCGCCCUGGGGAUUCAGGCUCUCGGGAGGAAUAGAUUUUAACCAACCCUUAAUCAUAACCAGGAUCACACCUGGAAGCAAGGCUUCAGCUGCCAACCUGUGCCCCGGUGAUGUGAUUGUAGCUAUUGAUGGUCUAAGCACAGAGAACAUGACACAUAAUGAUGCCCAGGAGAGAAUUAAAGCAGCUGCACACCAGCUUUCUUUGAAAAUAGAGAGGGCAGGAACAAAAUUAUGGUCCCCACAAGUUUCAGAAGAUGGCAAAGCACAUCCCUUCAAGAUAAAUUUGGAAGCUGAACCACAGGAUGUGAACUACUUUGAACACAAGCAUAAUAUUCGGCCCAAACCUUUCAUAGUCUCAGGCCGAAGCAGUGGAUGCAGCACUCCUUCGGGGAUAGACUGUGGCAGCGGCCGCAGUACCCCCUCUUCCAUUAGCACGGUCAGCUCCAUCUGCCCCACCGAGCUGAAAGCCGUGUCUAAGAUGGCCCCGAACAUUCCCUUGGAGAUGGAGCUUCCCGGUGUCAAGAUCGUGCACGCUCAGUUUAACACCCCCAUGCAGUUGUACUCAGAUGACAAUAUCAUGGAAACACUGCAAGGCCAAGUUUCUACAGCUCUGGGGGAAACACCCGUAAUAAGUGACCCCUCUCCCAACUCGGUGCCUCAGUCCGACGUCUACAGGAUGCUGCACACCAACCAGGAGGAGCCCAGCCAACCUCGCCAGUCUGGUUCCUUUAAGGUGCUCCAGAAUUUAGUCUCCGAGGAAGAUGGACGCCCCGCGGGUACAAGAAGUGUGAAAGCGCCUGUGACAAAGAUACCUAGUGCUGUGCCUGGCGUCCAAAAAGUGCCACUGUGCGACAAGUGUGGGAAUGGGAUUCUAGGAACAGUGGUGAAGGCACGUGACAAAUACCGGCACCCAGAAUGUUUCGUGUGCUCUGACUGCAACCUCAACCUGAAACAAAAAGGCUACUUCUUUGUGGAGGGCCAGCUAUACUGUGAAGCUCACGCCCGAGCUCGCAUGAGGCCACCGGAGGGAUAUGAAGCAGUUACUGUUUACCCAAAAUGCUAGUCUUACCUUAAGACACAAAUCCAUGCAUGCACACAAAAAGCCAUUAAGCAGCGUAGAACUGCAGUACAAGCAUCAGGACUUCUGCCUGGUUCCAAAAUAGCAGCUUUUAAACCUUUUCUUGUGGGGUUCUGAGGAAGGUGGAAGUCCCUAUUCACCAGUAGUAGCAUAUUACACCAGUAAAAUUCUGCUAAUAUAUUAUCUUUGAAGUUGCCAAUAUAACUCAAUGAAGUAUAAACUAAAACAGCUGUACUGGAAUAAAAAAAAAGAGUGAAACAGCUGAGGUAUUAUAUGAUUACUACAGCAUAUACGUAAGUGCUGUAAUCAAGACAUUAUUUUUAACAUAAAUUAAGUAUCACCAAAGCCAUCAAAGUGUUACAGGCUGGGCCCUAACAAAGGUAGAAACUUGACAGAUCGUUAGAAAAGCAGCUAUUUUACAUGGAUAGCACAAAACAAGCUGUUGUUCAUGUCUGCUUCCAUCAUCUAUUAUUCAACUACCAUUACUGUAUGCCAAAAAUAGAUUUUGCUUACUUUGCUUUGAAUUUGGGGUUAUAUUGACUGAAUUUUCUGAUGCAGCAACUGUGAUAAGAAAAAUAUCAACCCGUACGAUAAAUAUACAACGGUAUAAUAAAGACGAUUUAGUAAGAAGUACAAUAGAAGUUCUACAUUGUUUUAAUGAUUUGCAAUGAAAUGAGCUUUCACAUCACUCAGCAGGAAAUUGUGCUAAGGCACGCACACACACACAUUCUCUCUUGGAAAUAAACCAACUCACUGCAAACUGAGAACGGAAGUAAAUUUAAAAACCUUUCUGCAGAAAAUGGCACUGGGUUGUUUGGCAAUUCACAUAAUAGAAAUAAUGGGAAAAUAUCACCCUAAUAUCUUUAUUGCUGGUAAAUUAAAACUUGGACAACUAUAAAGAAUAAACGGUAAUAAAAAUAUGCAAAGGAAAGAUUUUUAUUAAAAGCCUGGUGAAGUCCUAAGGAAAAAAAAGGCUGAAAAAAUACAGUUUUUAAAUCAAUUUCUGAAAUGUUUUAAAGGCUACAUUGCUUUCAGGUAGGUGGCAGCUACAUAGACACACCUGACUUACAAACCCAACCUUAGCAUUUUCAAAAAAAUCUCAACACAUUCAUACAUGAUUUAUUAGGGUACUUUAAACCCACUUUAAAGGAGAAAAAUCUACAAAAUUUUAUACCAAGUCUACAAGACUAGUAGAAAUUAACAACUUGGUGGCAAUCAAUCUUAUAUACUUUUCCCAUUCUACAAUAUAAGAUGGUUAAAAUGGAAGAAGACUAUGAAAUCAAAAUAAGAAGCUAUACAUUUAGAUUUAUUUAAAAAAUUCAGAUGAGUCCCAAAGCUUUAAAUACAAUGUGCACAUAUUCAAAGACUUUUCAAAAUGUCUUAAAGUAUUAUUUCAGAAUUUAAAUAUUUUAAAAAUGUGCGUGUCAUUGCAUUUAUAAUUUAUGGCUGCAUAUCAAAAGCAGACAUAAAAAAAAGCGUUGCACCCUUUUAAAGGUUAAUUCCUGAAUAUUUUUGGGCACAAACCAUAAUUCUGCUCCUCGUGUAUCAUGGAGGCUAUGUGUAGCAUUUAUAUUUUUCCACUGAUAAAGCCCAUAAAAUAAACCUGAAAAUCCUUUUUGAAGUGAGAGUGCACAUAAUGUCUAUUUAAAAUAUUUGCUUAAUGUUCAUUUCUUUGUGGAAUAACUGAAGGUAAAAAUAAAUCUACUACAUUAGAUAAA